AUGCUCCAUCGCGACGAGGAGCACAUAGCACAUUUGACAGCUUCCGUCGCCAAUCACCUUAACACAAAUGGUGCGUUCUUUUAUCCCUUGUUUUUUUUAACUCGAAAAGAAGUUGCGAAAUUUUUCCUGCAAUUACUCAAAGCACAGAAGUUUCUCCAUGUUCAAAAACCAAAGCAUUAAGCUUCUUUCAGGAGACUGUUUUAUUGAAAUAGCUUUGAAUUGUAACUUUUAUGUGAGAACAGAGUUGUGCCAAUUUUUUGUGGCAAAAAAAAGUUUUCAAAUUGGCUUUGCAUUUUUGAGCUUUUGCCAGCUGUUCUCGCUCCUUUUUUCUUCCCUCUCCGACUUUUCCAUAUUUCUUGGCGUAAAAAGAGUUGGCAGCAAGUUCAGGGCUGUUUUCGACGCUGAGCGAUGAGCGGAAUUCCACAGACCGCAGUUCAGCGACUCCCUCGCACAACGACGACAAUGAAACCCAGGUUAUUAUUAUGUUUUAAAACAUAUUUUGCGCCCUGUUUCGAACUUUGAGUGGUUUAUUGUAACCGACCAACAUAAGAAGGUCUUUUUGCACCUCGAAAGUUGCUGAAAUUGAAGUGAAUAAUAAGUGAGAGAAGUGCUGAAUGCGGCGGCAGUUGGAAAUCUUUGUGGGCUGCCUCGCACGUUGAAUUUCAUCCAAAAGAAGCCAAAAGACGCAUAAAAUGCAAAGCAAGCAAGCCUCAUGCUGCAUCUCAACAUUUUGAUGGAAAGUUAGAGAACGAGAGAGAGUGAGAGAGAGACGCGGCUGAAAUGGCGAAAUUAAGCGAGUUUCAUAUGUAAUGUAAAAUGCAAUUUUAUGCGUUUGCGCGAGUGUCUCUCACGCGGUCUCUCUGCGCUGCGGGACGCGUUUUAUUACACAUUUAAUACACUAGAAUGUGAAGGACACACGACCCUCUCUCUCCAAUGAAAAGAGAGAUGAGGAAUUAAACAAAUGGGUCGACAUUUUCCUGAAUAUUUUUAUUUUCCGGCUGGAAUACUUUUCUGGCUUCUGCAAGCCUCGAAGUUCUUUCACUCCAUUUCUUAUCAAAAUAAUCAGCUUCUGCGGUCAUUUAAAAGAAAGUUUACUAGGGAAGCACUGAUGGAAGUACUAUGGUUGAACGAAAAACGCGAAGAAAUCAACUUUUGAGUUUUUCGAGUUCACAACCACUUAAAAUUCAUGUUUUCAACUGUUUUCAUUCCCCGCAGCUCUCAUUCAAAAUUAUGACCAAGUGGGGGAAAAUAAUAGAAAUUUGGUUAGGAGACAUCGUUUUUAAUUUUGAGUUGAUUCAGGACAUGUUGGACGAAGACGUGAAAGACGAAGUGAUCAAAAACGGCGUGCAGAUGCUAGAAGAGACGACGACAGAGAAGAAAAGCGUGGAGGAACGUCUGAAACAGCUCGACUCAAACUUUGUCUACAUACAGCACCAGGUUCGGCCAGCCUCUUUUGGAGAAAGAGUCUUCCAAAUGCAGUGGGGAUAUAUGAUACCAAGAAAAACAGCACACUUUUAUUUGGGCACUAUUCUGAAGAUAACGAGGGAAGACGUUUAGUUUGAUCAGUGGACCUUUUUCUCUGCGCCUCUCUCCUUACUCGCUCUCUAAAGGACACGAACUCGUGCAUCUUUGGACGAUUAGACAUCGGCCCGCGCCUCGUGCUUCAGUUCCUUCGACUCGAAUCAAUUCCAAAUGCAAGCGUUUUGAAAUGAUCACAUCAAGCAGCUCUAACUUUUCUUCUCUAGUGAAUUGGCGAAGCUUUUUUUUUAUUGAAAAACCGCUCUGGUUCUUAAAAAAAACUUUAAAAAAGUGAGUACUUAGUUCCAAAUUAAAAAAAAGAAAAGUUUUUUUUUUGACCAGCUCUUGAAAUAUCCUACGAGAUUAUUCGAAAAGAAACCCUUUCGACCGUCCAAGUAGUUGUUCUUCAGUUCUAUUCGGCGUUGGCGAACAGCUAAAUUUGAAAAAUAUUCGCCUCUUCGGCUGAUUCAUUUUAUUAACGCCAAAAUGUCGAGUUUCGCUUCAAACAAAUGUAGACAAAUAAAAAGAGGAAAGAAAAAAACCGGUCCUUUACAUAUUUUUCUUAUUCUUUUUUUCGUCUUUUACACUCGCCCACAUAGAUGAGACGGGGAAACAGCAGCGUUGGAGGGGUUUCGCGUAAAUUUUCCUUUUUUGUCUGUUUGGGAAAAUGGAUGAAAGAUUCAAAAAAAAUGGCAAAAGAGGCUGUUUUUAGCGAAAUGCGUCAAGGUCGUUUUGUAAUUAUUGGGGCGCCGGACGACGUGAAUCUUCUGAAUGAAAUUUGUACCGUAUCCUGAGUGCGAAAAUCGUAAUAAAAUGUUUUCAAACGCAAAAAGCUCGAAAUGUUUCUGUUAGUUCCAGUGUGUAGUCUGAUGAUUUACCUCAGCAGCUAUAUUUUAAGAAAUAAUAAUAAUUGUAUAGACUCGACCGAGCCCAGAAAGAAAACCUCCGAGAUGUUGAAUUGAUUUUUGUUUUUGGUUCUCAUGUCAUUCCGAAAACUUUGAAACUACAUUCAAAUAGAAACAACAGAAGACAACACAUUCUAGUGUUCUAUUUUUGCACGUUGAGGUACAAAAUCACGACGAAGAACUGUUGAAAAAGAAUUAUUUCAGGAAAACAACCAAAGUUCUACAGUUUGAUGAUCUUGCAAAUGUAGUGUGUGUUUCAAUUUUGGAAUAUUUUUAUUCAACAACAUUUUACGGCCGCUUCGUCAUGUGAUAUAAUCUUUUCACGAACUGCUAUCUCUCUUUUUUCGCUGUAACUAAAAUUCCAAUUAUUUGCUCACAUUUUGGCGGUCCAGAGAUCAAAGUUACAUUUAAUUCCAUAGGUAAUUUGAUCUGAAUAAGUAAACGCUAAUGACUGGCGGCAAGCGACUUUUUCGACUCAAAAAAGGUUGAAACUGAAGGAAAGUAAAAGCGAGUCGAAAGGAAGCUCCAAGACUUUGCACCUAACACUGAUAAAUCGCGAGCAAUUCUUGGUAUAUAUCACCAAAUUUGAGAGCUCUGUGCAGUUUUGAUAUAUUUUUUGCUCUUUUUGCUUCAAUCCUUUCAAAUUUCCAUGAACUUUCGGCUCGAAAAAGAGUUCAGAAAACUGAGAAGAAUAUGUUUUAUUAUCUCAAAAAAGUUUUUAUCACAAUUUUCACUCAGUUCUUCGUCGGCUUGUGACGCCCGUGUUAAUACAAAAUGUCUUUUAUCAGACAAACAAUUUGUGCAAAAAUCGUUAAAGCGGCAUGAGACGCAUGCAUAAAUGAUAGCAAUACAAAGAUUUUUGUGUGCUUUAUUAUCAGUGAAAUUGCUCUGAUUUUUGAAUCUGAAAGUUUUUAAUAUCGAUAACAAGAAACGCAAAUGAGACAAAGCAUAAUCCUUGAAAAGAAAUUAAAAGGAUUUUUUCCAGCUUGCUCGAGUGAUGAGACAAAUGCACGUGUCGCCUUGUAACUGUGCGACCUGCGCCAGUGUCCAUCAGAAAGUGGCUGGAGUCCGACAAAUUGUGAGUUUUCUUUUCUCCGAGGUGUGAGUCUGUGGCUAGAUAAGUCUUGUUUCGCGUUAUUUCUGUCAAUUGGACGAGUAAAACCGGAAGAAUUUUGUAGAAAAAACUUUUUGGAACGUUUGAAAAAUGUAAGCCGUUUUAGCCAAGAUGAUGUGACCGCAAUGUUAAGUUAUGUAAUUUCAAAUAAUAAAAUUGAAAAAAGUUUUACUAAAGCCAGAAGGGGAAUUUUCUUUUUUUUUUUCGUUGAGCCUCUUCAGCAUAAAUUCACUACAACUUUCUCAGCCGCAAAUUGAAAGAAGUUUGGGCUUGCUAUCUUUUUUUUCGUUGUUGCAUUGUUAAGACUAUCGUUCUUAUUGGAAGUCAAACGUGGCAAAACCAGUAUAUCAUGCAGAUCAAUAUUUCUCAAGAGCAGUAGACAUAAUUCCGAAAUUUUACUUAUCAUACAGUGCAAAUUACAAAACAAUAUUCGCGGUAUGAAUAUUCGGUUCAAGAACGAUCCUGGACACAUGCUGGCCAGCCUGUUCCCCAACGCGUCCCAUCAGCAGCUGCAGACGCUCGUCGAGCUCUCCAAAAUGAACAAACUUCCAUCCCAAGUCGUGACGUCAGCACCUUCUUCCACUCCGACGACACCUUCUAUAGUCGCGCCGCCAUAUCCUUCUCAGCGAAUCGGAAGCGGUUAGAUAUUUUUCCUUCCAAGGUUUUCAAGAUUGAACAAUUAAAAAAAAGUUUCUUCCUCUGUUAUUAUAUUGUCUAGUCAUGUCCAUCUGAGUUUCAAUCAUUCCGGUCCUCCCGCAAUUAAACUAGGGUUUUCAGGUUACGGAUCGAAUCCCGGAGGUGGAAAGAUAGUGACUUCUGUGGACCGGAAAGCUGUAGCCGAGUACGCCAAGAUGCACGGAGGAGCCGCCGCGGCCAAAAAGUUCGGUGUUCCGCCUCCCGUCGCUACGUACUAUCAGAGGAAGGACAGCAGCAACUGUCAGUUUUCCUGAGAGUUCCUUGACAAGUAGCACAUGAGUUCAAUCCAAGUUCAUUUCCAAAAAUUAAUUUUUUUGGAAAUGAUUCAAUCCAAGUUCAUUUCCAAAAAUUAAUUUUUUUGGAAAUGAAUUUGGAUUUUUUCUCCGAAUAGAAUCAAAGAAGUUUUAAUGAACAAUUGUAGUUUCAAGCUAUGUGCCUUUGAACGGAAACUCUGAAUUUUUUUCAUCAUUAUCCGAAGUAUCUAUAGUUUAUAUUGAAAUUUGAACCCAUAUAUGAUCAAGUAGUAUAAAAAUGAAAUAGAACUGAAACUAGAUUUGUUUGAUUUCUUGUCCAUGGUGACCCAAAAAAAAAAAAGAAUCUAAAGUGCAAAAUGAGCAAUUAUCGAUGUUAAUAACACGAAAAUCGCGAUUCAGCUCUGAUCCCAACGACUCCCGUGAGCGCAGUGAUGCCGCAGCUACCGUUGUCGGCGCCGCACGGAGGCUCUGCGACGGCUUCUCCGGGCCCUUCUUCGGAAGGAGAUCGCGAGGAGAACGGAAACGCGACGCCAGCCGUCUCUUCGGCCUUCCCGGCCUUCGGAUCGCAGUCCAGCGUCACAGAGUGCAGUACUCCGUCCAGUGGAGGUCCGCCUAAUCUCGGUCAGCCCAUGUUCGCGCAGUGUCAGUUUCCACAACCAUUAUCCUUUUUCUUUUCAAAGAUGUCAAUCGCUUUUGGUUUUCUUUUUUUUUUUUUUAAAUCUCGCCAUAUUAAAAUCUUCUACGCGGAAUUUUUUUUUUUCUGAGCGUCUUCAGGUCGUUAGAAAAAGUUGCGAAACAAAAUUAAAUAAUAAGCACUUUUUUAAAACGUCUACGAGCUCGCAUGAUGAAAGAUUUUAGCUAUGGUGGACAUGCUGAAAAUGAACGCAGCGCACGCCACUGGCUCUCCAGGAUUUUUGCGCGGCCGAGGACGGGGAAGACCGAAACUCAUUGGUUUGUUCUUUUCUUGCUUUUUUUUUGAAAAAAAACCCCACAAAUGUAUCCGUCUUUAGCUUCUUUUUAUCAAAUAAACUGUCGCUUUGUAUUACAAUGAGUUUUCUUUCUAAAACUCCCUUGAAAAUUGUGAAAUAACUAAGUUUGAGAUUUACGUUUGUGUUUGAACAGCCUGUCAACUUUCAAAGCGAAAAAGAUUUCUGUCAAAAAAAAAAACGCAGAAUCGUUAUCGACAUUGUUGAUCUUCUAGUUUGAACUAUUUUGCAGGCGACGAGCUGGACGCGGACUUGGUCGACUACAUGGUCACAGUGAAGCAGAGCGACCCCCACGGACAUCUCACCGCGUCUCAGGCUCUCCAAAUCGCCAAACAGUACAUCCUCGAUCGCGUAUGUCGUCUCUUCUCCCAAAAUUUAUCCAGAUUCUUCAUCAAGUACUUUUAUGGUUUCAGGCUCCUGGUCUACUGGAAGAACAUGGCGGCCACGUGAAGCUGAAGCUGACGUGGGCGAUGAAACUCGUGUCCCGAAUCACUGAACGACAAAAGGUUUUUACCUUCUUAUUCUUUUUCAGUUUUUGUAACAUUUUAUAGAAAAUUUAUAGGAAAAAUAAUAUAUUAAACGUUAUAAAUCGGACUUCCAUUCACAGAAAAAUCAAAGCGCGAGCUUAUCAUGUUCGUCGCGUACAAUUAAAUUUUUAAAAAAAUGAUAUCUUGAAAAAUACAUAGGAAGUGAGUCAUCGAGGUUUUUUUUUUCAAAGUUGACCCGAAGAAAAUUUCCAUGAAGAGUCAAGCUUUUUUUACAGAAAAAAAAAUGGUAAAAAAAGCUUUUUUUCAAAAAAAAAAACGCGAAAAACGUUCAGGAGAUCGAGCUGGGUUUGCCGGCGGGAACUCUGUCGAACAUCGGCCGUCAGCAGCUGAACAACCUGCCCGGAGGCAACUUCAUGGCGGACAUGAUGGCUCAGAACAUUCUGUCGCAGCACAUGUUCAUGAACCUCAACGGAAUCGGCGGCGCUCAGAAAGGCUCCGGCAGCGACGAUUCCACUAACGGUCAUAACGAGGAAAACAUGCAUGGUAAGUAAAGUUCGAAAAAGUUCUAACUUCAAUUUGAAAAUUUUGAUCAAUGAACAAAUGAGAGCAAACAAGAGCUAGUCGUUGUCUGUCGUAUUUUGAAUUUGAAUUUAGAGUUGAUAAUCCAAAUUCCAACACUCCUCAAAAACAACAUCGCCGUUUUUUCGAACAUUUUAUUAUUUUGUGAGAACUCCUUAUGAUUUUUCUCGUUCCAGAAAACCGUCAUGCCAAGUGUCAAAGGAGUUUAAUGGAUCAUUAUAAUCUUUCCAUUCUAUCUGUGAGAUUUGUGUUCGUUAGAUUUGAAUUAGUUGAUGAAUAAAAACAAAUUUGAAAAUUGGUAAUGAUUCCAGUGGCGACUCCAGAAAUCCUGAAUGUGAAAGAGCUGCAUUUCCCUCUUCUGGCCAACAUGUUCGAGAACGGAGAGAAGAGCGGUCUGGUAGAGGGCGAGAUUCCAUCGACGAACGACGACGACGACGAGGAGGAAGAUGGAAUGGAAAUCGGCGUUGGCACCAUCUGA